AUGUCGCUCGUCGCGCUGCAGCAGUUGUGCGCGCGUGUACAAGCCCAAAGUAAAUGGCAUCUGCAGGGCUCGACUCCCAUAUUCAAACUCCUCUCGACAUCUUCAUGCGUCCGUGCCACGUCCAGCAAACAUGGAAAAGAUCAAAGCGAGACAAAAAGCAUAUGUGGAAUCGGUUGGGGAGAGACAAAGGCUCCUCGGUACCUCCAAGGGCCGACGGUCAUUGGACUCAAAAUUGUCGUACAAGCAAUGCAAGAGAUGGGCGAGCCGAUGCAUGGACACGAUAUUUUCAACUACAUUCAUAACAACGGACUCGGGAAAGAGUUCAGAAUACCUCCAGCGAGGCCGCUACCGUCAAACAUGGGACGAGGUAGUCUCUUCAAAUCCCAGCCACCUGAACCAAGUCAUCCUGAGCAUCCCGUGCGUUCACACAGAUAUAUGAAGACUGUCCUUCUCAAUGAAUUGGAAGUUCAUGGGCGUGUACGAAAGGUUCACAUUGAAACCGACAUUGAUCCCGCGAACCCACCAGAUCCAAACAGGACGCACAUUAAAGGCAACAAGAUUCAUGAAUGGAGAUGGGAGUUGGUAGCUCCAAAUGAUGGUCAGAUUCCCUGGGAGGAGCAAGAGAACAUUGAAAUGCGCAAGGCCGACAGACUAUGGCUGGAGAGCAUGAAGCGGCUUCAAGGCAACCAAGAUUCUGCAGAGAUGUUCGCCACAAGUAUCGGAGGCUCUCAAACGCAAGAACCAGGCUUUGCACACACCUCCAAGAGCGGUACAGCGAACGGGGAGCUCUUCGGAUGGGAAGGCGGGGAAGAUCUGACCAAGCGAACUAGGAAGAUAUUGGGUACGGAUUCAGAACAAGUCGCUGACUUGAGGUAUGGAAACCGCCUCGCGGCACGGUGGCGUGAGAUAACGACGCGGGGGCCCAACUUUCCACGACGUGGGGAAGCGAAAGGCGACUCUAGGUCGUACUGGAAGGACCCCGACGAGUCACAGAGACGGGAAGAGCAUAGAAUGAUGUUCAACACCAAACCAUUCAUGUUGAACUACAAUCCAGAAUUGUUCAAGGAUGGAGCACGGCCAGGAUUUAACAAGGACGAGCCAGCAUAUCGCCAAAGUCGACAAGGCAAGAACGACAUUCCUAUUGCACUGCGCGAUCCGCGGGCACGUCUAUCUGGAUUCAACUAUGGAUUACCCAAGCAGAAGCGCCUUCUCGCGGCGGCGAAUGCAAGAGGCUAUGAUCAACCAGAGUGGACAGAUCAACCACCACGAGACAUCACUCAUCUCUCGCGACGGCGCCAACGAACAAGACAAAAACAGACUCAGGAGAUGGCCAAAGAGUUUGUCGCGCAGGAUAGAUACGAGCGUCGAAUGGCAGCCCAGGCGGCAAGACUGCCCACCAAGAAAUCGGCGACACUGGAAGAGUCUGCGACAUAA